GGGGGCGGGAUCAGCGCUGCUCAGCGACCAAUAGAAACGGACGUGGAGCGUUACCAAGGCAACGGCAUUCAGGACUGGGAGACGUUGGGACGCAGUCAUGCUAACACGCUAACUAGCUCGCUAGCUUCCAGUUGAAGAACCAACGGCGCAGUUGUUAAAUAUUUAAAUACAUUAUUAUUAAAUAUUAAAACGAUGGUCUGUCCGCGUCACACAUUAACAGCUUAAAGCGCGAGCUUCGGUCCCUCUGCGCGCGCACACAGCCGUUUCUCUGUCUGUCUCUCCGCGUUAGCUGUUAGCAUGUAGCAUGCCAGCAGCGGUGUCCGGAGGCUAACGAAGCUAACACAGCAGCUAAUGAUUAGCUGGUCCAGUGCUAAUCUGAAUAUUAUCCGGAUAACCAGCGGGGAGAUGGAGCCCGUUAGCACGGAGCUAACUGCCGGGUGUAGCACGGGAUGGAUGUGAGUUAACAGUCUGACCCGGGUCUUUUAGACGAGCCGAGCUGGGCCGAGCCGAGCCGAGCCGAGCCGAGUGGCGUCAGGAGGCCCGUUAAACAGGAUGGACGUGUGCAGUAAGAACCAGAACCGCACGGCGCCCCUCGGUGCCGACGGGCCCCAGCGAGGCGACGCGCCGCUCUGCUCUCGAACCAACGGCUGGAGCUGGCCGCCUCACCCCUUCCAGCUGCUCGCCUGGCUGCUCUACGCCUACUUCGCCCUCACCGGCUUCGGCGUCUUCGUGCCGCUGCUGCCGGCUCACUGGAUCCCCGCCGGCUACAUCUGCACGGGCGUCCUGUUCGCGUGCCACCUGUGCGUGCACGUGAUGGCCGUGUCCGUCGACCCGGCCGACUACAACGUCAGAACCAGGAGCCACAAAGCUCCGGUUCCCGAGUUCGACCACUCCAAGCACGCCCACGUCAUCGAGAACUGCCACUGCUACCUCUGCCAGGUGGACGU